GGACCGUCUGGACCCCUCGGCCCCAAUGCCUGAGCGAGCAGAGCGGUGUGGGUGGCGGUGGUCGGAGCUGUGCCGGGGACCCAGGGGGGCGAGCGCGGCUGCUGUGCUAGGGCACGCUGCUAGGACCGUGUGUAAGUUUGGCAUGAUUUGGUCCCCUGGGAUUCUGCCUUAGCAGGAAAGAAGUUGGAAAUACUUCCUGGAAGGAACUAACACAAUACAAACGCCACAGCUUAGUCCUUACAUGUCAGCCACCUUACAAAUAUGGACACAUUUCCUAGCAUAUUUCCACCCGGAGGAGACAGUAGGCUGAAUCCUGAACCUGAGUUCCAAAGUAUGUUAAUAGAUGAAAGGGUACGAUGUGAACAUCAUAAACAUAAUUAUCAGGCUCUGAAAAUUGAACACAAAAGGUUGCAGGAAGAAUAUGUAAAAUCACAAAAUGAACUUAAGCGUGUGUUAAAUGAAAAACAAACAAACCAGGAAAAAUUCCAACUGCUCCUUGAAGAAUUAAGGGGGGAAUUAGUAGAGAAAGUUAAGGACAUGGAAGCAAUGAAACUGCAGAUAUUAACACCACAAAAAUUGGAAUUGGUAAAAGCCCAACUACAACAAGAAUUAGAAGCUCCAAUGCGAGAACGUUUUCGGACUCUUGAUGAAGAAGUGGAAAGGUACAGAGCUGAAUACAACAAGCUCCGCUACGAGCACACAUUCCUCAAGUCAGAGUUUGAACACCAGAAGGAAGAGCUUACUCGUAUUUCAGAAGAAGAAAAAAUGAAAUACAAGUCAGAGGUUGCACGACUGGAGAAGGAUAAAGAGGAACUACAUAACCAGCUGCUUAGUGUUGAUCCCACAAGAGAUAGCAAACGAGUGGAGCAACUUGUUCGAGAAAAAACCCAUUUGCUUCAGAAAUUGAAAAGUUUAGAGGCUGAAGUAGCAGAAUUAAGGGCUGAGAAAGAGAAUUCUGGUGCUCAGGUAGAAAAUGUCCAAAGAAUACAAGUGAGGCAGUUGGCUGAGAUGCAGGCCACUCUCAGAUCCUUGGAGGCUGAAAAGCAGUCAGCUAAACUACAGGCUGAACGCCUAGAAAAAGAGCUACAAUCAAGCAACGAACAAAACACCUGUUUAAUUAGUAAAUUGCAUAAGGCUGACCGAGAAAUAAGCACGCUGACUAGUCAGGUGAAAGAGCUUAAACAUGCAAACAAGCUCGAAAUAACUGACGUCAAACUGGAGGCUGCAAGAGCGAAGAGUGAGCUAGAGCGAGAGAGGAAUAAGAUCCAAAGUGAACUCGAUGUUUCUUUUUCUUUUAAAAAUACACUAGGACUGCAGUCAGACAAUGAAAUUCUCAAGUCGACUGUUGAACACCACAAAGUGCUCUUGGUGGAAAAAGAUCGUGAAUUAAUACGUAAAGUACAAGCUGCCAAGGAAGAAGGUUACCAGAAACUUGUGGUCUUGCAAGAUGAAAAGCUAGAACUUGAGAACAGAUUAUCAGACUUAGAGAAAAUGAAAGUGGAGCAUGAUGUCUGGAGGCAGUCGGAAAAGGAUCAGUGUGAAGAGAAGCUGCGGGCCUCCCAGGCGGCAGAGGAGGCAGCCCGGAGGGAACUGCAGAGCAUUAGGUUAAAACUUCAACAACAAAUUGUGAAUACCGAAAAAGCAGAGAAAGAAAAACUUGAAAAUUCUGAACUGAAACAGGGACCACCACUGUGUGUCUGAAUAAUUAGGUAAGUAUGCUGUACUGCUGCGCUGCAUCCUGGGCUUAGGGCGGGUUCUUUAGGUUUAUGUCUUGAUUCUGUCAACUCUGCAAGGUCUUUCAGAGGAUGGCUAAAGAGAAUUUGAAGUGAAACAAAAAUGAAGACUUGAUUAUUAGCUGAUGAAGUAGAAAUGGCCUAUGAAAGAUGUAGGUACAUAAUUGUCCCUAGUGAGGUCUGUUGUGACAACUUUACAAAGGGUAAGGGUGGAGUAAAGCCUAUGACUUUGAUACAUGUACUGAUAAAUGGCUCUAGAGCAGUGGUUCUCAGCCUUCCUAAUGCUGCCACCCUUUAAGACAGUUCCUCAUGCUGUGGUCACCCCAACUGUAACUUUAUUUUUAUUGUUACUUUAUAACUUUAAUUUUACUACUGUUAUGAAUUGUAAUAUAAAUAUUCGAUAUGUAGGAUAUCUGAUAUACAGCCCUUGUGAAAGGGUCAUUUGACCCCCAAAGGGGUUGUGUCCACAGGUUGAGAACCAUUGCUCUAUAGAGGCUAAGGAAUCCAUAGCAUAUUUAUUAGAUUUCUCAAAGCAUCUUUCUCCUUCUCAGUACUGGGGCAUACAGAAAGCUUGGAAACAUUUGAAGAACAGGAUUAUAGUGACUCUUCCUAUGUUCAUGCCCAGCAGCUCCUGAGUACUCGGAGAGUAGCCUUUCUGGUAGGGUAGCUGAUCUAAUUCGUGCUUAGGGAAAACAAUGCUCCCGAAACUGUUUUCCCUGCUGGCUUGCUUUUAAAAUCUCUUGUGGUAGAGAGAAGAAUGGCUUUGUAACAGGAGACUGUCUGCCAAUCUCCUUCCCAAAGCACCUACUCCCCAAUCCUCUUUGCCAUGCCCAUUGGGGAUGAAAGGGAAGAAGUCAGUAGCUGAGUUCUGAGUGCAGUUUAAAUGCUUGGGUUAGAUGAGAAAUGACCCAGCCUUGCUGUGUGUUGUCUCGUUUACAGGGCAUCCCUGCGUGCCUCACCUCCUGGGAGAGCAUUCAUGAGGGGGGGCUCUGCGCCUCACAUGCCUCCAUGGAUAUCUCAGUGGCUUUCUAUUUCUCUUUUUUCCUUUAAGCAAAUCAGUCAUUUACAGAUCCAAGUGACCUCACUGACGCAGUCAGAGAAUGACUUGCUGAAUUCAAACCAAAUGCUGAAGGACAUGGUGGAGAGGUUAAAGCAAGAGUGCCGACAUUUAAGAAGCCAAGCUGAAAAAGUGCAACUAGAAGUUGAAAAGUAGAGUUUGCUCUUUUGUAUAUAAACUUGUGUUUUCUGCUGUGUAAAGUGUAUUCUGCUGAUGAUUGGGACCCUGAGUGUAUAUGUAGGAAGUUACUUUCUCCUUUUAUAAAAUGAACUUUUGCUCCUAAGUUGCUCCUAAAAAUUUUAGGCAUGGACAAAAGACCUUUAAAAUUGUAUCUGAGUAUAGUAUUCUCAAAACUCUUAAUGAGAAACCUUUAUUCAUUUAGCAAACCUGACUAUGAUUCCCCAAAUCCGUCUUGAAAACCAGAGAGCAGAACGAUUUGGUUGUGGAGUGUUGCAAACACACACAGGCUUCUUAGAACUAGUCCUUUGGAUUUCCCUUUUGAAAAGUUGUCUACUUAAUUACAUUCUUUACAUCUUGAAAUUGCUGCUGGUAAACUGUAUACUAGUAAGAAAAAUGCACUGGGUAUGCUCAGGAUUUUAUUCUCUAGGAAAUGUUGUGAGGAAAUGGGGCUCCGCAUGUAAUUCAGCAGAGUUGUCUGGCUUAGUAUGUUGAGACAGGCCCUGGCUUGAUUCCUAGCACCACAGAAAUAAAUUUUAAAAAAGCAAAAAGAAACAUUAAAUGUAGAAUAUUGUUUUCUAUUUCCUUUGUUUUUAUAGCAUGUUAUUUUUAUUUAUCUAUAGGACAGUUUUCUUUCCAAAUCCUUAAUUCAGUCUUAACAUAUCAAAUGUUUUCUCUGCAGGUUUUCCUGUUGUAAAGCUUGUCUGUGCUUUAUGUAUGGAGAGUCAGUGAGGAACGUACAUCUCCAUAAUGUGCUCUGACGUUCCAGAGGAUCUAGCUUACUUUUCUUCCUUUUUGAAAAGAAAAAUUUCUAUCUUGUGAUCCUCAAGCAUUUGAUUAAAAUGAGCUUAAGAAUUGUAAUGGCAUACAGUGUGGCUAACAGAUUUAAGUAAUCCACUAUUGGUUUCGGACAGAUAGUCAUUACAUUGCUCCAAAUACCUUAACUGGACUAGGAACCUAGGUCAGCAAAAAUGUGCUUAGCAUGUGAAUGACUCUGAGCUAAAUUCUCAAAGACAAAACAACAUACUGAGUUUUUAAGUCAGUAGAAUUAAACUUUUGUUCCAACUAAUGUAUUUAGAAUCUAUAGGAGUAAAUGACAAGCAAUCUAACAUGAUGGGAUUUGUUAUUUUGAUUUUUAGUGACCAUGGUAUUGAUACUAAAAUUGGUAUUAUAGAUGAGUAUGCAGAAUAGCUUUUAGAUUAUGUUAUUGCUGGGAUACAACUUAAAAUAACAUUUAUAUAAAAUUUAUUCUACACAGAAAGCAUUCUGCAUUAAGGCUUAAUAUCAAGCUUAAUUUUCCCCCUUUUAGAUUGCCUAUAUGUACUAUGUAGCCCUGACUGUCCUUGAAUUUGCUUUAUAGAACAGGCUGGCCUUGAGCCCAGAGAGAUCAGGUUGCCCAGGCCGCUGUACUGCUGGAGUUAAAGAUUCUAGCUACCACACCAGGCAUCAGGCUUGGUUUUUAACUGUCUGUAUUAGUCACAGUUUCCGUAUCCUGAUAUUUAUAAUUAUUGUUUAGAUUUUAAGUGCUUACUGUCAGUAAGUAGACAUGUUUCUUUACACAACUUUAAAUGCUCUAAACUUCAGUUUCCUAACAGGUAAAAGACACAACAGAUGUAUUAAUUCUAAAGGGCUUCGUGUAAACAGUAUACAUGUUUUUUCUAAAUAGUGUCAUAUUCAUAAGACUUGCUCUAUAGCAACAAUGUGAGGAAAUAUGUGGCCACAUAGGAGUCACUAUAGCUGGAAAGGGGAGGGCAUGGUCAGGUAGGCAGGGAGUUUGAGGACACUUGCGAUUUGAUCUAAGAAUUUCUGUUACAUUCCUUGGUUUGUGUAAUACUCUCUGCCAGGACACUGGAGGAAAAGCAGAUACAGUGGUUGGAAGAAAAGCAUAAGCUUCAUGAGCGUAUCACAGACAGAGAGGAAAAGUACAAUCAAGCAAAAGAGAAACUGCAGCGGGCAGCAACUGCUCAGAAAAAG